AUGUUCAGCUUCAGCGUCGUUGGUUUAAGCGAAGCCUUAGCGGCAACGCUGUUAGCAGGCCUAGGCACAGUGUUGUUUCAAUAUGCUCGUACUUGGUAUCGUCUCUCGAGCAUACCCAUUACUGGGUUGGAUAUCGGCUCAGAAGAAAAACGGCGACUGGCAUACUUGGCGCAAGCCAAAUCACUGUACCAGGCUGGGUACCAAAAAAAUUACAACCGCAAGAACGUUAAAGAUGCCCACAUUGUCGUCGUGCAUCCCCAAUUUCUCACAGAGCUCAACAAGCUCCCUGACAGUAUUCUCAGUGUAGAAGACGCCGUCAAUGAGAGUAUGGAGUCUACUUACACCAAGCUGUCGACUAUUCCAAUGAUUCCACAUGCCAUCAAGACCAUGUUGACGCCAGGAUUGAAUCGUCUUGCACCGCUUGUAGCGCAAGAGAUACAACAGUCACUCAAGGUCGAGCUGCCUGAGUGUGCCGAUUGGACGCCAGUUGCCAUUCACAGCAAGUUACUGCGCAUAGUGGCUACCGCGUCUGGUCGAAUCUUUGUCGGACCAAAGGUGUGCCGCGACGACAAGUAUCUAAGCGCAUCUAUUGAUUUUGCCAAUGAAGUCAUGGAGGCUCUCGGUGCAGUCCAGGCGGUUAAACACUGGCUUCGGCCCUUCGUGGCCAGUCGUCUUCCAGCCGUGCAGAAGCUAAAUCAUCGGCGAAAGACGGCUCAAGAGCUUCUACAGCCUAUUAUUCACGAGAGACGCGACAAUAACGGCACGUCAGAUGAGAAUUCAAAGCAUGAUGACAUGCUGCAGUGGCUCAUGGACGCCCAGCCAAACGCAAGCGAUGCAGUGUUGACAGAGCAGCAGCUAGGCGUCAGCUUUGCAGCGAUCCACACGACAACGUUGACCGCGACAAAUGCCUUGUAUAACCUAGCAGCAAUGCCUGAAAUUGCAGAGGAGCUUCGAAAAGAGGCCCGUGAUAUUUUGAGCCGACAUGGCGGUGCAUACUCGUUCAAGGCGCUACAAGAAAUGGUCAAAUUGGAUAGCUUCUUGAAAGAGACGCUCCGCUACCACCCCUUUACUUUUUCGGCGUAUCAACGCAAAGUCUUGAAAUCGUUCCGACUCUCGAGCGGCCAAGUCAUCCCCACGGGCGUCACCAUCGAGUGCGCCUCGCACGCCGUCAGCCUCAAUGAUGAAAACUUUGUCCAAGCUGAUUCUUUUGAUGCGUUACGCUUCUACAAGAUGCGUCAGCAGGGCACCGGGUCCGACGCUGCCCAUCAAAAUCAGUUUGUUAGCCUCAGCCAGACAUGCCUCGCGUUCGGCUCUGGUAGGCACGCCUGCCCUGGGAGGUUCUUUGCUGGCAGCGAGCUCAAACUUAUCGUUGCUGCUCUUCUGCUAAAAUUUGAUAUGAAGAAUACUGAAGGAGAAGAAUGCAGAUAUCCAAACAUUGAGUUUGCACAAAUGUGCAUACCCGAUCCCACGCGUUCCAUUCAGAUGAAGGAGAUAUCAUCCUGA